AGCUCCCAAAUACUACUAUGAAGCUAACGUAGCUGACUCAAGUGUGCUUGAGAGAGACAGAGAGAAAGAGAGUCACCGGAGUCUGACGUCAGCGCCGGCGAGAUAUCAGCAGGCAUGAUGAACGAGCAGAGCUUGGAGAAGCAUAUGGGGAAACAAAUGGGUUGUAUGACCGGCUUCCUUCAAAUCUUCGAUCGCCACCAGAUUCUCUCCGCCAACCGCCUCCCUCCCUCAUCGGCGUUUGAUUCUGCAUCGGAAUCGGAGAUAUCAGCCCCUGCUUCGCCGGCGAUCUCGAUGGAAUUUAGAAAUCCGCCGCUCGCCUCACCUAGCCCCGAUUUCCAGAUGAAAGAAGGCGCCGCCGCCAAGUGUUCGUGGAAAUUCGGCAGAGAACCCCCGCGCCUGUCGCUCGACAGCAGAGCCACCACCGAUGCCAAAGGCGGCCUCCACCCCAAGGAAAUCCGCGCCGGCGCCGGCGAUGAGAGCGGCGAAACACUGCAUCAACGUUCUCCCAGCGUCAUCGCCAGGCUCAUGGGGCUGGAGCCGUUGCCGGAGCUCCGAAGAUCCGCCUCCGCCUCGAGAGUCUCCAGAGAUCUCUUCCACUCGCGAUUCGACUCAGAGAGAAGCGAUUUCUCCUCCAGUCAGGCCUCUGAAACCGCCGCCGCUGAAGAAUCACUCCUGUUUUCAGAUCCGAUAAAUUAUCUGCUGAAGAAUGCUGCUAAUAUUGAUACGCCGAAAGCAUUCAACAGAGGCGGCGGAUUUCAACGCAAAAGCUUCGUCGACUCCGGCGACUUCUUCCCCGAGCCAAAGCAGGCGGUUUCUAUCAACGGCGAGACCGAAAACAGAUUGAAACUGCGAGGAAUUGAGGAGCCGUCCAAGGAUUUGGAAACACUGAAGCAAAUCCUCGAAGCUCUCCAGCUCAAAGGACUUCUACAUUCCAGAAAACACUCCGAGCUACACCAAAUCCCCCAACGCACCUUCGUCUUCGACGAUUCCCCGAUCGUCGUGAUGAAACCGUCGAGAUCGCCGAUUCACAAUCGCAGCGGCGGACGGAAGGCGUACGGUCUCUCCGCAGAAAAUUCACCGUCGAUGAGCCCCCGCCGUGACCGGAAUCCGCCGCAGACCGGUCGAAAUCCGACCACGAACCGAACCGAAGGCAUUGCAUUCGGAAGGCGGUCCAACUCAGCGCCAAACCGGCGGCUACCUCCGGUUCACUCUCCGAAGCUCAAUCCGAGAAACAGUAGAUCAGCGGCGGAGAUCCAUCGGAAAGAGAAGAAGGCAGGCGGCGGAGAGGAUGAAUCGUCGUCGAUUUCCAGUAACAGUACCGUCACCACAUCCACCGAUACAGAGAGGUGUAAAAGCGAGGGGAGCAGCUUGUUAGAGAGGUGUGAUAAGCUGCUUCACAGCAUAGCGGAAAUGAAUGCAACUGAAAUGCAGUCGAGCCCCGUGUCAGUUCUUGAUUCGUCCUUGUACAAGGACGAGUCCUCCCCUUCACCCAUCACGGCACGACGUAGUAUUGAUUUCAAAGAUGAGUGUAUUGAACUGGUUGAGGACUGGAGCUCCGAGAUCGUCCCAUUGCAAGACGACGAUUUCGUGUACGUGUCCGACAUCGUAAGGGCAUCCCAUUACCUCCCACACGAGUCGGACGUCUUCUCUUUGUUAGAGAAGCAACGGCGUCUUAAGGGAAAGGAUACGUGCAAAGUGUCGAGGCUGCAAAGGAAGUUGGUCUUCGACACGGUGCAUGAGAUCCUUGACAGGAAUAGGCGGUUGCCUCCGUGGAAGGUGGCCACGUGGGGCCAGCACUGGCCUCCUCUGGACAAGGUGUGGUCAGAGUUCCAAAGAGUGAGGGAGAGGGACGCGGCUCAAGACAUGUUCGACACCAUUUGUGGCGUCCUCAAGAAAGACCUAGCCAGAGAUGGGAUCUCCGGCUGGGAGGAUUGCCCGUUGGAGAUGUCCGAGAUGAUCUUGGACAUUGAACGGCUCGUGUUCAAGGAUCUCAUCGGCGAGGCGAUUCGAGAUCUAGCGGCAUUGGAGUCGAGAAACAAGGCAAUGUUGCCAAGCUUGCCUAGGAGGAAGUUGAUUUUCUGAACUCCUAAUUAGGGCCUUUUGUCAUGAUAUUGUGACAAAUACUACAAUGGUAUAUUAUGCCCUUUUCAUUUCGUGGUUGAGUAUUUUCUUCAUUUUGUCACUUUUGCUACAUGCAAACUGUAAAAAUGAAAACAAGAAAAAAUAAAGUAGAAAGGUAAAAGAAAUCAUGUGCUGUCA